GAGAUCUCCACUGCUGUUGACACUAUUGUCAAGGAAUCCGAUUCUGUCACUGUUGAAGUCAUUGCUGGUGAUAAGAAGACCGAGGCAGUUGUUGACACUACUGAUAUUCAACAAACCAUUGAGAAGGUUGAUGUUACUCUCCAGAAGUCAACUUCCGACAUUGUAGAAGAAGUCACUAAAGAGAAGAUUGUUUCUGAUGUCGCUCUCGGCAAGGAAACUAUUACUGCCGGUGCUAUCGCUGGUACUGUCUCCAAGACGAUUGUUGAAGACAAAGAGAUCUCUUCUGCUGUCGAAACCGCAGUCAAAGAAUCUGGCUCUGUCGCUAUUGAAGUAGUUGCAGGUGAAAAGAAGACUACCGAAGUGAUUAGCGUAGCUCCUGCCGAAGAAACCGCGACCGAAGUUUCCAAGGUUGAAGUCAUUGUCAAGCCUACAGAAGUAAUAAGCACUGAAAAGGAAACUACGGAAGUUGUUAAAACUGAAGAUAUUGUUAUUGGCGUUAUUGCUGGUACUACCGCUGAUGCUAUUGUUAAAGACAAGGAAACUCUGUCUACAGUCGAAACGAUUGUCAAGGAAACUGGUGCUGUUGCUAUUGACGUUGUCAAGCAGGAUAGCGUUGAGGAAGUGUCUGAAAUUACUGACGUCGAGACUACUGAAUCCAAGAUUGAUAUUGUUGUCAAGAAACCAGCCGUUACGUCCGAAGCCGUGGCUCAAAAGGACACUGUCACUGGUGCUGUUGUAGGAGCUAUCGUCAAUGACAAAGAUGUCUCUUCUACCAUCGAAGCUAUUGUCAAGGGUUCUGAAACUGUCAAUGUUGAAGUUAUUGCUGACAAGGAGCAGUCUGCUGAAAAGGUUACUGAAGUCUCAACUGGUUCUGAAGUAAUCGUUGAAGAGAAGGAGGUUAUCUCUGUGACCGAUGUUGUUUCUAAAUCUCAAGAAACUGCCCCUGGUAUUAUUGCUGGUGCUGUUACUGAGGUUAUCGUUGAUAACAAGGAAGUAUCCACUGCUGUUGAGAAGACUGUCAAGGAAUCCGAUGCUGUGGUUAUUGAAGUUAUCACCGGUGAAAAGAAAUUUGAAACGGUUGUUGACACAACUACUACUGAGGAGACUCUUUCCAAGGUUGAUACUGUCACUGAUGAAAAGACCGCUGAUAACACUAUCACCAAGUCUGAACUUGUUACUGCUGCUAUCGUUGCUGGUGCUGUUGCCGAAGUAGUUGCCGACAAGAAGGAAGUCUUUACUGAUGUCGUAGAAGUCGGCAAGACUACUGUUGAAGUCGUUGCUGGUGACAAGAAGGCUGAUACGACUGUCUCAGCUGUUACUGAAGAUGAAAAGGUUACUUCUGAUACCAAGAUUGAAGUUAUUAUCAAGGAAGCCGAUGUUUCUUCUACUGAACAAGCCCUUACUGAAAAGGAAGAAGUUGUCAUCGUAGAUUCUGAAGAGGUGAUUACUACUGGUGCCAUUGCUGGUACUGUUACCGAAGCUGUCAUUAACGAUAAGAAUGUCAAGCUUGAAGACAUUGCCAAGAAGACCGAUACUGUUGAUGUUACCGUUACUACAAGCACCACUGCUUCUGUCACAUCCUCUGAUACCACCGCUAAGAAGGCCGAUGUUUCCGUUGAUUCCAAGGUUGAUGUCAUUGUGAAAGAAUCUGACAUCACAAAUGCAGAAGAAGUAGUAUCGGUUGACACAAUCAGUGUUGUGAAGGAGCCCGCCUGUGGUGGUUUUAUUGCUGGUGGUAUUAUCGGCAAUAUCGUCAAAGACAAGAACGUUACCACUACUAUUGGAUCUGUUGUCAAGGAAUCUGAUUCUGUCAAAGUAGAUGUUAUUACUGAAGGAAAGCGAGUUGAAGAUGUCGAAGUCGUUGAAGACAAGAAGAUCACUGAAGCUUAUGCUGUUGGCGCAGUUGCUGGUGCAGUAACUGAAACUAUCGUUGCUGAUAAAGAAACUCUUUCUGCUGUUGAAACUAUUCUUAAGGAAGCUGAUUCUGUUGCAGUUGAAGUAGUCGCAGACGAUAAGAAGGCUGAAACCAUUGUUGACAAGACCAAGGUUGAAAAGGUUGUAUCUGAUAUCAAGUCUCGAGAAGUCGAAGACGAUAAGGAAGAAUCUGUCACUGACGCCAUCAAGGAAAUCACUACUGGCAUUGUCGCUGGUGCUGCUGCUAUCUUUGGUUCUGGCAAGAAAGAUACCUCCAAGGACCGCGAAGUUGUCGCUGACAAGAACGAUACUACCAAGAAAGUUGUCGUUGACAAGAAGGUGUCUGUCGUUGAAGAAAAAACCGAAAAGGUUGAGAGACCUAUUGUAACCGAAGAAGAGGUUAUCUCUGUUGCCAUUGGCUCUGCCAAACGAACGACUGAAUCCAAGUCUGAUGUAGUUGUCUCAACUGACUCUCAAGUUGUUGAAGACGUCGAAGUUACCAUCACUGGUGAAAAGGAUAUUGCUACCAAGGUUGUCAGCGUUACUUCUGAAACCGGAGAAACAGCCGUUGCCGAUAUUGAAGUCAAGGAAGAUGUUACCAAGGCUGAAGUCCAUGGCGAGAAGGAUGUUACUGUUGUCGUCGAAGACUCCAAGGUCGUUGUUGAUAAGGAUACCAAGAUGAAUCAUACUCAAGAUAUUGCUAUCGAUGCAGGUGCUGCUAUUGGUGCAGUGAUUGUUGGAGAUGUUGAAAAGCAAGAUACUAGUAAGACUACUGUUAUUGUCACUAAGGAAACCAUACCAGUUGAACAAGUCGAAGUCAUUAACCAUGUUGAAAAAGUCGCUGAUGCUGCAAACAGCUGGUUCUCUCGCUUCAUUGAAAAAAUUACUUCUAUGAUCGAAAUUGGUGACUGUGUUGAAGAUGUUGAUACUGUCAUUGCCAGUGAAGAAUCAAACUUGCAAGCAAUUCUUGAAAAGUCCAAGGCUCAAACAACUACAGGCAUUGAAGAAAUCGAUGUUUACUACAGCAAGCUUAACGAGUCCAUCAAGUCUCAGAUCUCCAACAUCAAGACUACCGUUAAGGAAGCCUACACUGAAGGAGAUGCCUCUCAAAAGAUCAGCUUGCAUCUCGCUAAAGAAGAAUUCAAGAAAGCUGUUGUAACUCAAGUUGAAGAAACUAAGCAAGUCGUUUACGAAAAGGCCAAGCCUGAAACUGUGGCCACUCAAAAUAUCGAAGCUGGUUCUGAUACUUCUAUCGCAGUCGUUGCUGUCUCUGAUAAGCCUACAACUGUUUCUGAAGUUAGUGAAGUAACCACUGAUGUUGUCUACUAUGAGACCGUUGAAGAAGCUCAAAAGAAGACCAAGGAAGUAAUGACUACGGUUGUUCAAGACACUCAAUCUAAGUUGGUAUCGUGGUAUGAUGUUCUCUUUAGCAAGAUUAGAGGUGUUAUUGCAUCUACUGAAAAAGAUGCUGCUGAAAAGAAGAAGGAAAUUCAACGUCUCAUUACAGAUGCCAACAAGGAAGCUUCUGUCAUCAUCACUGAAGCCAAGAAAUCACUCGAAUUUGACUACACAGUCUCUGACAAAUGUGAUUCCAAGGUCAACGAAACAGUUCAAGUUGUUCAAAAGCAAGCUAUUGAAUCAUUUGAGAAUAUCGAAAAGAUCGUUUCAACUCAAAUUUCUGCUGUUGAAGAAAUCGUUGUCUCUGAGGAAGAUUUGGAGGUUAUUGAAGAAAAGGUUUCUGUUAUAGAAACUCAAUCUAAGCGUAGAGCAACUGUUGCGCUUGAAACUACAGCCGAAUCUGCUAUUUCUGUUGGCUUUGAAGGCAAGUCUGUUACUUGGAUUGAAACUACUGAAUUCCCUGCUUCAUUCAAGGAUGUCAAGGUCUUUGCCUUUGAUCUGUUUGAUACUGUGUACGACUACCGCUUAACGAUCUCUCAAGUCUGGAAGACCAUCGUUGCUACCAAGAAUGCUUCAACCUUUGCUCAAGUUGAUGUUGAGAAGCUUGUUGUUCGCUGGUACCACGUCUUUCUUGAACAACGCUGCAGGAUUACCUAUGUUACUUGUGAUCGUGAAGUUCUCCUCCACUCAUUGAAGUUAGUAUUGGCCGAAUACUCUCUCGAAGAUGCUUUCACUACAGAAGAAUUAAACACUCUUUGUACUGCCUGGUUCAAGCUUCAACUUUUCAAUGACAGUACAUCUAGUAUUAACAAGUUUAAACAAGUUGAUGGAACAUUCGCUGUCGCUAUCUCUAGUGGAUUCAAACUUUGCACUUUGAUGAAGAACACUCGCAACACAGGAAUCAGCUGGCAUGCUCAACUUACUGGUGACGUCUUUGCUGCUUGUAUUUCAAGAGAUAACAUUACUGAUCUCAAGAGCGCCUCCGGCGUUGUUCUCUCUAAUGCCGCUAUGCUUUGCUGUGUUACUAACCCUGCUGAGCUUGCAGUUGUCUCUUCAAACCCUGAAAUACUUGAAGUUGCUAAGCAAAAUGGUUCCAAGACUGUAUUGAUUGAUCGUUAUGACAACACUACCUCUUCCCAAGAAUAUGACAUUCAAUUUGAUGGCUUGGAUAUCUUUGCUGAAAGUUAUGAAACCUUUGUGGAAACAAAGACUGUUGCAAAGACUGAAGUACCUGCCACCCGUUCCUGGUUUCAAAGAGUAGUUUCUACAGUUGCCAAUACAGCUGAAUCUGUUAGUCAUGCUUUAAUUGGUUAA